UGUCUUGCCCAAAGAUACAUACGCCCACAACAGUACCCGCAUGUCUAACUUUUUUUAAGAUGGCAAGAGGAAUAUGCAAAGUCGAUUUACUUUAAUAUGUCACCAGUCACGUCUCAGUGUCAACAUUACAACCUUAGUAUCAGAGUAGUUUUGUUUGACCAACCAACAAAAUUUAUUUUACACCCAGAGUGCCUUUUAAAGUUAAUGAUUAAAAACUUAUUGGAAAACCCCGAGUUUCUGAACAACAGGUUCUAAAUUGAAUGUUUCUCAUAAAAAUGAUUUAUAAAAAGGCAUGUAAGUUACACCACAGUUCAUUGUAGGUCAGUUUUUCUGUGAUAAUUAGCAUGAAGUUGCUUCGGUGUAACCAACCAACAUUUGGUGUUUUAGGUUUGUUUAGUUCCAGAUAAGAGAUUAACUGCUAAAUGGUUUUUUAUCUAUUGCGGUUUUAGUUUGGUUUCAUGAAACUUUGAUUUCAUUUAAUAUUUAGGCUAAUUUAAAGAUAAAUGAAGCUUUUUUACUUAUUUUGCUAAAACAUUCUGUUUAAUAAUUAUAAAUUAUUCGAAUUAAGAGAAGUCUGUUAUAUCAUAAAACAAUAGUACAAUCAUUGAUUCCAUUUUCUGUGCUAAUUCAUAGUAUAUGAUUGUAUCAUAUGCUAGUAUUUUGUUAAAAAGGUGCAUGUACCAUGAAGUAUAACUAAUACUUGUUUGCACAUAAUUGUUAAGUAGAAAAAGUGCAUACAAAUUGUGUUUGCUUUUUAAGUUGGGGCAUAUGCUGCUGUUGUCACAAAUCAAACAAUGUUUAUAAGCUUCACGUUUAAUCAUAAAUCUUUUGUGUAUGAGAACUUAGUAGCGUUAAAAGUAAAUCUAUCAUAUUUAUAAAAUGUUUUAAAACUUAAGUAAUUGAGACUUUAGGCAUUAAAUUUUAAGCUUAUAAAUUAUGUGAGACUGCUAUGCUUAAAAUUUGACUAAACAAAGAAAAUGGACAGAAGGUUAUCCAUCGUAUCUUCUCCAUCAAGUGUGGCUUCCUAUUGUCAUAUGGUACCAGAGACCAACGAGGGUUCAUCGCAGCCAGUUGAAUUAAAUACUUUGGUUGAUGUUAAUGUAAAUGAAAAUGAUCUUGUCCACCCAUAUCAUGCAUCAUCGGAAGAGGAAGAAACACCCUUAUCUGCACAAUUUGAGGAGGUUCAUCUCAGGAUAAAGUCAUUUGCUUCAAAAGAGGCAACUUUGAAUGGUUUGAUUGAAAAUGUACUUCAGGAACAUCUUCAUAAUGAUACAAAUAUUUUACACUGGAAAAGUGUCUUUGAUCGAUCAGAUGAAAGGGUUACCAAAGAUUUGAAAAUCAAUUCCGAACAAUUGGUUCAAUUCUGCGCAACAUCCUGCUCUAUAUCUCCAUCUAGUUCCCAGAUGUUUGGUUUGUGGAAUUCUCGGACAAACUCAUGGAUCAAACUAUGGGAGCCAAUCAUUUUAAGUCACCAUGGCGAUCAAACAAACCCAAAUGUUGUCAACUUAUUGGACAACGUGCACUUGGAAUUCAAAAUAAGGUUUUUCUUGAAUGCUUCGCGGAACACAGAUACAAAUAACAACAACAGGAUUCCACAAGAGCCAAGUGUGUUUAAUUAUCUUUUUCAUCAAACAAGACAUGACUUCAUACAGCAUGGGACAUGGAAACAACAUAAAAUCGAUGCAAAAACAUUUGAAAGUUCACCGCUGACAUUAGCUGUUAUUGAUUUGUUGCAUCUUUCGUUUCUGUUACGAAAAAAUCCAAAAGAAGUUUUGAAUGCAAUUGAUGUCUCGAAUUUAUUGCCAAAAUCACUUCAACACAACUUGGAUAAACAGUGGUUUAUUGAAAAAUACAAAUGGAAGUUUAUGGCCCAAAAACGAUUGGCACAUUUACUGAAAGAAACUUUUCCUAAAAAUUCUAACAUGCAAGCAGAUGAAGAACAAAAUGAAAACAUGCUGAGGUUUUUACAACUCAGUUACCUGCAGUGUAUGGAAUGUGAAUUCCCAAGUCCAGGGAAUGUGUUCACAUUACUUCAACGUGGAGGACUUGUUGUUGUGUCCGGAGAUGAAGGAAUUAAAAUAAAGAGGACACAGGAUACUGAGAGUUCAGAAAAUAAGCUAUGUUUGAUCCCUUUAACUGAGCUAGCCAACGUUACGAUUUCCAAAACUUCUCCAACAGUGUAUUUGAGCAAUCUACAAGGAAAACAUGAGGAACUUCAUUUUAGUUCCAUGGCUGAAGCUUUGUCAUUUACUUCAUGUGUUGAUGGUUACUAUCAAGUACUUGUGGAUCCAACGCAUUACCUUUGUAGGGAUGUGGUUUCAAACAUGAGGUUGAUGUAUGCAAGGUUGCAUUGCUUCACAAAUAUAAGUCGUGCUGCCAGUGAAACCAGAUUAAAAGAAUAUGUUUCAUUUCAACCAACACCCUUACACCAAUGUUGUUUACUUAGAAGAUGUAACACAGAGUUUGAAAGUUUCUAUCUCUCACUAUGGCAGACCGACAAGACUUUUCAUUUCAAAAUUCACCGUGGAGAAAAUAAAUUAUUUGGAAUUUUUGGGCUCGGCGCUUCUUAUACCUUUCAAAAUGUUGAAGAACUCUUGGUGGCGCUAGAUAAAAACGAAGUGUGUGAAGAUAUCAAGACUGAUGUGUUUAUGAAGCAUAGGAUAUACCCAAGCAUUCAAGAUCGACAACCAAUUCUGUUCACAAAGAAGGUUGAAGUUGGGUCAGUGUUGCCACGUUGUGUUUCUCCUGAAGAUAUUCAAGAAAUAAAGACAAUGCUAUACCCUACCAAGCACACUCAUUCCUACAUCCAUGUAUACAAACCAACCAAUAAGUUGGUGAUGGUUCGUACACUGAAUGAGAUGGAUCUUUAUAGCAACCAAAGGAAAGAUCUCUUAAAUGAGUCCUACCAAGAAUCGCUGAAAAUUCUAUCAAAAUGUGGCAACCAUAUUCAUGUGAUUACUUGGUUUGGUAACUCAUCAGCCAACAAGGAAGUUUUAGAAUAUUCAAACUUUGGUUCAGUUACUGCAUAUAUGUUUAAAAGAGCAAAGGAAAUGAUCACACAACCAGAUUUAAGAGUUGCCACCUCAGCUACUUGGUUAAUGCAAGUAAUUUACCAGCUCACUCAUAUCAUGAACUAUCUGGAGGAGAGGAAUCUUCCUCAUGGAAGAAUCUGUGGUGAACGACUCCAUUUGUUUCGGGAGGAUCCAUGGAUCAAACUUGCUGAUCCUGAGGUUCAAGUUGAUCUCGAUGAAACGAAACAAAAUAAUCCGAAAAUUGUUCCAAACUUACUUCCUCCAUGGCUGCCUUGUGAAUUCAGUGAGAUGUGCUCUACUACCACCCAGUGGAAACCCACACUUGCCGGAGAUAAAUGGAGCUUUGCUGUCACCGUGUGUGAGAUUUUGAUGGCAGCAGCAGACUUUAAAAUUGAUUACGACUUACCCCAAAUUUCCGAUGUUCAGAAAAACUGUUACAUGCAAUCCAACCCGGCACCUAUACAUGGUUGGUUAAAUGGCAUUGGAAAAACAUCACUGGCAACACUGCUCAGAAGAUGCUGGGAUAAAUUUCCACCAAAAAGACCAAGUUUUCGAAUAAUUCUUCAAACUGUGUCUCGUAUUCUAAGGAGUGGGGAAAGUGAGAAAUAUGAGACAGUUGUUUCAAAUACAGGUCAAGAAUCUCACAUCGUCCAUAAAAGAUGUAUCGCUCAAAUCACAGAAUUCCCUCAAGAAUUUAUCUUUAGAGAUAAGGAUUUGACUUUUAGGCAACUUCUCGGAGAGGGCCAAUUUGGGACAGUUUCUCUCCAUCAGUAUUGCCCCAGUGAAACUGCCAGUUCAAGUGGCCACAGCACUUUUGCUGUCAAAAGAUUCAAACCCGGUGAAAAUAAGUUUCAAUCUCAUGUUGAAAUAAUAAGAGAGCUACAGACGAUGAUCUCACUUAAGCAUGAGUAUGUAGUGGAACUAAAGGGAAUAGCAUUACCAUCAAAUGGCAUUGUGAUGGAAUACUUACCUAUUGGUUCAUUGUAUAACUACAUGAUAAAUCGGAAAAAACGAAAGGCACCAUUCAAAUCUAUAACAGGAGAUCUAUAUCGGUAUCUAUAUCAAAUUGCACAGGGUAUGGUGGUAUUGCAAGAACUACGAAUCAUUCACCGAGACUUAGCUGCACGAAACAUUCUACUCGCAGCUGAUUCAAACAGCAACAAAAUGAAAGCUAAAAUUUCUGAUUUUGGACUUUCACGAAGCUUACCUAGUCACCAGGAAGAAUACUUUGACGCUCAGAUCCCAUUAUUGCCAAUAAAGUGGCUUUCACCUGAGUGUUACAGAAAUGAGAAUCCACAGUUCAAUCUUCAAUCUGAUGUGUGGGGGUAUGGUGUUACAGCUUAUGAAAUUCUAGAUAAUAUUCCUGAUACUCUGUAUGAGAUGCAACGUGACGAACUUGUUAAAAGAAUCAACAUGGGUUGGAAAUGGCCAAAACCUAAAGCUUGUCUGGAUGAUCAUGCAUGGAUGUAUAAAAUGAUGCUGAAGUGUUGGCACAUGAAACCUGAAGAAAGAAUCACGUUCCCAGAGAUUGUGAGAUGUUUUCAGGAGCAUUGUUUUGUGGAGUAAAGCUUAAACGAGAAGAUUUGGGGUUAUUAAUGUGGAUAUCACUUUUGGAAAAAGAUAAAAGGAAAAUACUGCUGCAACUCGUUCUUUUGCUUUGUGCUACCAAAUUAAUACAGUUAUGUACAAUAUUUUAUUCAUGGUGUUUUAAUAAAAAGUUCAUGUUUUUAGUUUGAUUUGCUUUCAUUUUGUUUGGUUCCUUAUAAACCUAAAUACUUUGUAUAAGUCCUGGGGAGACCUUUAUGUACCAAAAGUGUAUACCAUCGAUUUGGAACCGUGCUGUCUUUAAAAUUGCUAUUUGGUAGUUUUGUAGCUUAUCGAAUCCUAACAUUCAGCAAAUUGUGUAAAAAGAUACAUUGUGGUAAUGUCAAUGCUACAGGUAUUAAAGCCUUUCAUGUACUUUA